AUGUCCAUAGCAUAUUUCUUUUUUGUCGUUUUUUUUCUGUUGAAUAAUGUGUCAUGUAUAAAUUUACAAAUAGGAAACCAAAAAUAUACGUUGAGUUCCAAUAAAAUAAAAAAAGAUAUAUUAGACUUUUACAACACGUUGAGUCUUUUGAAGUCAGAUAAGUACUUAAAAGACAACAUCAAAAAAAUAAAUUUAUACACCAAAUUUAGGAAGCGAUUGUACAAAGAUAGGUUAAGCGUUUACGCAAAUAUCAGCAUUAAGGAGAGAAGCGAAGAUGUACCUGUCAAAGUUGUAGUUAAAGAAAAGGAAAGUAAAGAGGGGGAGGAGGAGGACAAAAGUGGGAGCUCCGCUGGCACCAGCAUAACAGAUCACCAAGAAAUUUUCACCAACUUUUUAAAUUUCAAUAAAAAUAACUUUUUUUGUGUAGACGAAUUAGGACUUGACGUAAACAUUCCUCUGUUAAAAAAUAGCAACUUGGGGGCGAACAUUGUGUAUCAACUUCCAAAGGUGGUGUACAUAAAUGCAUACGCAAAUGCGUACAACACGAUUAUCAAGGGGGAGUUCAACACGAUCGAUAUUAUAAAAAGGGUGAGCUUUUUCCAAUUCUUCGACAAUUUUUAUGUGAAUGCAAAUUAUGACUUCAAAAAUGAAAAGGCGCUGGUAAAUUUGGAGAGCAAGCUGUACGAAUACUACAACAAGUACGGUGACAACAUAAGCUUUAACAACAAGAUCAUAAUCGAGCGCAACAACAAAAAUGACUACGACGGCUCGGUGUGCCUCUCCCUCAAGUACAACAACAACGUCUUUACGCCCAUUUUUAACUUCAAGGACAAGUCCUACGAGUACAUAUACGACAACCUCAGCCCCAACAGGAAGUUCAGCGUAAAAAUCGACAAAGACAGGAACGUCCACGUCAACUUCUUAUCCUUUGACAAGGUGAAUGACUCGAAUAAAUACUUUUUAUUUUUUAACUUUGUAUUUUCAAAUCCUAUGCAGUCAAUAAUAACGUUAAAGCGUGAAUUUAUUUUUUAAAAUGUUUGCCAAGCGGGCAAGUAUUUACGCGGCUGUAUAGGCAAACCGUUCAUUUGAGUUUGCAAGCAUGUAACGGAGGAAGUUUUAUGAGGCGCCCCAAUAGGAAGCAGGACGAUUUAUGCGGGUACGUAACGUGGGCACGGAUGUGCACAUACGGGUCUGUGUAAUUUUGCAGGCCCGUAGUGGAAGAAUACUACGUUGGCUCAAAAGAGUGAGAAAAAAAAAAAAAAGCACUACAAACUGUUAUUUUAUUUUAUUUUAUUUUUUUUCACAUUUGGCUUCAUUUUUCCUUGACCAUAAUUUUUUUUUUAAUGACUCACUCUUACGCACACAGAUAUGCAAACAAGCAUAUAACUGUGCGCACGUGUGUGCCGACCCCCCUCCCCUCUCUUUCCUUUUUAACAAACAAGUGUGCACGCCGUAUAUAUGUAUACACAUGCAUAGAUCAGCUUAGUGAAUUAAAAAGCCCUCCACCUUUACAGUUUACGGACCUUUUGCCCCACCUAUGUUUGUGUUAAAUGUGUUAAUUUUUAAAGGAAUGCGAGUGCGAUUUUACAUAUACGUUUAGGCUAUUCCUUUUUUUUUUUAUUUUUUUCUAUAUACAUGUACACCGCUGCUGUGCCUCUCGCCCACCUUAUGAGUAACGAUUUAUUCCAAGCUGUACCAACAAAAUGACAAUUUCUGUGAAUCUCUGGAGUUCCUUUU